AUGGAUUUCGAGUUCUUUACCGUCAGUAAGAACGAAACGAUACUGGUAUCCGGCGCGAUAUCGAAUAGUUUAGAAAAAUACCAACCCAAGAAAUUGGAGGGGAGUCCUCUUAUACUUACAAAGGAUGAUAAGUUAAGAAGAUUCCGCCGAUGCGACCUAAAGAAAACAGUGCAGAAUAUCAAACGAGUAUUCCGAGGGAAAAAGGCAAGAGUGAUUGAACCAUUGCUGGAACAGUUAUACAUUAGUAUAAGUCGGCAGGGGGAAUCAACCUUGUCUACGGUAUACUUGCAAAGAUAUUUGCACAUAAACGAUAAUGAGCCACUAAUAGUAUUUUGGAACGGAACGUCAGAUAUCACGAUAAUUAAGCGUUUAAGAUUAACAGGAAUUUUAGCAUAUUUAAAUAUAUCGGCAAUUAGCGUUAGGAAUAAUGACGAAUUUGUAUUAGAAUUAUCAAACCUAGAGACUAAGGAAGUUUUAUAUUCAGGUUAUUUAGGUAAAUUAAAUAAAAAUGGUAGAAUGUUAGGACUAUCAGAAGCUCAUGAACUAGCAUGCGAUAUUAAUCAUAAUAUUACACAUUGUCACGAUCCAGUUGCAGACGUAAUUUUAACGAAAUGCCUAUUCAAUUACAUAGUAACAAAGAUAAAGCCCAUUAAAUUAUAUAAAUUAGCAAAAAAAUAUAAAAGGAAUUUUAAAGGCAAAAUAAAUAAUAAUUAUUAG